AUGAGCCCUCUGCAGCGCGCGCUCAGCUGCCUCUCCAUCGCUCUCGUCCUGCUGCUGCCGCCGCACCGUCCGGGGCGAGUCGCGGAUCACGCGGUAGCGGCGGAGUACUCCUCCAAAACCGACAUGGACUACGAGUUUGGGGACUACCGGGGCAAGUGGUGCAUCGACGACCACGGCUUUGUUUACGGAAUCGGAGAAGUUUAUUACCCGAGCCCAACGUCGUGUCCGUGCACGUGCACCGUGGACGGUCCCGUGUGCGUCCGACCCAAGUGUCCCCGCAUCCAUCCGCGGUGCACGCGGAUGAGAUAUAAGGCGUGCUGUCCGGUGUGCGAGGCUAUGGCCAGGGUCUGUGUCUACGGGGGCCAAACGUACCGGCUCCUAGAGGAGUUCAGGUUGUCGAGGUGUGAGCGAUGUCGCUGCCACGCCAACAGAGAGGUGUACUGCAGCAUUUCCGACUGCCCUGCCCCUCACUGCGUCAACCCCACCUACGAACCCAACCACUGCUGCCCCAUCUGUAAGACUGGUCCCAACUGCUUUGCUGGCGACAGGGUGAUCCCAGCGGGGGAGCGUGUGAACAUCGACAAGCAGACAGUAUGCUACUGUACCUACCGGGACGGGACGUGGCACACCCACCCCCAGGCCACCUGUGAGCAGAACCCCCAGCCCAGCCCGACACCCGGCGUCCGAACUGAGCCCCCCAGAGAUGAGGAGUCCAGGGGGAGGCGGUUUAUUCCCAGACUGGAUGUGAUACCAUGAAGUGGAUUGUUGAAUACAUUCUAGCUUUAUGUAUUAGUAUCAGGACCGCUAAACAGGGCCCAAUACAGCCCGACUCAAUCUGCACAUUUAUGUUUAAUGCAACCAACAAGAUUAUUUCAGAACAGUUCUGCCUGGAAGAAAUGUAGGAUACUCUGCAGGGUGGUUGGUGUUGAGGAGGAAGAAGGAACUUGGGGGUGAAAUUGACAAAAUCUUUAGAAAAAUAGUCAGAAAUUAUUUGCAAACAUGACUUUUGGACACCUGGUAUUUUUAUCCCCCUGCAUUUUCAUAUUUGACGAAUUCAAUUGAAAAGAAAGAAUUUGCAUGAAAGUGUAGACAUUUUCAACAAUUGUUUGCUAAACCCAACCCCCCCUUGGUAAAUGUUGCUACGCCUGACAAACGUUCCGCUCUGACACGACACACACAUACCGUUUAUAAAGAUAACAGUAGCAGAGUCAUUUUGGAUAGAACGACUACUUGGUUUCAGACCUUGAACUUGAAACAGUUACCACUCUACAUAAUACGCUAGUUAGUGAGACGUGCUAAUGAUUGCAGACAAACAGUCUAAUCCAAUUCUUACACUUUUACUAUUGUGUUUUCAUUUAAGGCAGUUGACAUGGGUGGUUUUUUUUGUGCAAUUAAUUUGCACGUGAAUAUAUAUUCUUUGAACUGCAUCAACGUUGUGCGGAACAUGUUGAGUAUAUUUAUGAGGAUUAUAAAACAAGAAGCUCAG